GGUUGCUCCGCUGAAGACUAAGUCUCUUCCUCGUUUAGAGCUCCUGGCAGCGCAUCUUUUGGCCAAGUUAUGGUCACGCAUUGCGCCAAUGUUGAAUCGACCUAUUGACAGCAUAACAUUCUGGACAGACUCCGAAAUAGUUUUGCAUUGGAUAAAAACACAUCCAUCAACGUUGCAAACUUUCGUUGCAAAUAGAGUGUCCGAGAUUCAAGAGUUGACUCAAAGAGCUUCGUGGUGGCAUGUGCCAACUAAACAAAAUCCUGCGGAUCAAGUGUCUCGGGGUUGUAGCGUGGAUGAAAUACAGAACUCAAUAUGGGUUUCUGGCCCACAGUUCCUCUUAGAAGACGCCGCAAGUUGGCCAAUAAAUACCCAUUUCAAAUUAACGCCUGAAGAACAAGCACUGGAAAAGAAGAAAAACGCCAGCGACUUAAUAGCAGUGAGUGAUAACCGUAAUCCACUCUUAACUGUGAUUGAAAAAUAUUCCUCGCACAAAAAAUUAUUACGAGUUUUUGCCUAUAUUCUGCGAUGGGUCUUAAAGGUGAGAGAUCGAUCCACCAAAUAUGAUCCAACACCAUCGGCACAAGAGUUGCAAUUAAGCUUCUUAAAAAUUGUUCAAAUAGUCCUAUUUGAUGAAUAUAGCCAAGAAAUUACCAAAUUGUCAAAAAAUCUACCACUACCGUCGAGCUUGCAAAAGUUGAAUCCAUUUUUGCAUGAGUAUUCAGAAAAGUCCUUGUCGUUGAAAUUGUUACGAGUAGGCGGUCGUUUAUUAAAUGCGCCUAUCCCGUACGAUGCCAAAUUUCCUCUAUUAUUGAGUAAAAAUUCGCAGUUCGUGAAUUCGUAUAUACGGUUCCUACAUUUGCGCAACCACCAUGCAGGUGCGAAAGCAUUGNCCCUACAUUUGCGCAACCAUCAUGCAGGUGCGAAAGCAUUUGUUGCAAUUUUACGUGAAAAAAAUUG